AUGCUGUGGAGGAAAGAAGUACAAGUGAAUGUGUUGUCUGUAUCAGCAGGCCAUAUUGACUGUUGGGUGAAUAAUCAUCUCAUACAACCAUUCAGAGUGACUGGAUUCUAUGGUAACCCGGAAACAUCCUUAAGAAUUUUCUCUUGGGAAUUGCUAAGAAGAUUGGCGAGUUCUUGUAAAAGUCCUUGGGUUUGUUUGGGUGAUUUUAAUGAGCUGUUUUCAGAAAGAGAAUCAAAUGGGGUUAGAAGGAGACCAAUGUAUCAAAUGGAAAAUUUCCGAAAGUCUCUAGAGGAUUUUGGCUUGAGUGAUAUUGGUUUUGAAGGUUUUCCUUUCACUUGGUGUCGGAAGGAUGGUAAUGGGAAUGUUCUUUGGGAAAGACUUGAUCGAGUAGUAGUAAAUACAGAGUUCAGGAUCUUGUGGCACCAAACAAAGGUUCAUCACUUGAACAGUGUUGUUUCUGAUCACAAGCCAGUCCUUUUAACCCUUAAUGCCCAAAAUAGUAAUGAUGCUGGAAGCUCAGCAAGGAAAUGCAGAUUUCAGUUUGAAAAGAUGUGGUUGAAAGAGGAGGGAUUUGAAGAUGUUGUGAGGUCUGCCUGGGAACACAAUGGAGCUGAGGGAGGUCAUAAUAUAGAGGUGAUCACUGACAAGGUUAGUCCAAAAGUGCCUGAUCAAAUGAAGCAUUUUCUCAUUAAGCCUUACAACAAAAAUGAGGUUGAGGUAGCUUUGAAGCAAAUGCCUCCCUCAAAGGCUCCUGGAAUUGAUGGAAUGUCUGUUAUUUUUUUCCAGAAAUAUUGGCACAUUCUUGGGGAUGAAGUUGCUGAGAUAUGCAGUGCUUUUGUUCCAAAGAGGCAGAUUUCUGAUAACAUCAUUCUGGCUUUUGAAACAAUCCAUGCCAUGAAAUGUAGAAGGGGGAAAAGAGUUCCAAGGUGUGCUUUGAAGCUAGAUAUGGCAAAAGCGUAUGAUAGAGUUGAGUGGAAUUUCAUCUGUAAAAUGAUGGAGAAAUUGGGUUUCCCGGAUGAGUUUAUCAAGCUGGUUUUUGAGUGUAUCUCUACAGUUUCAUAUUCUUUGAUAAGGCAUGGAGCUGUUGAGGGUAAUAUUAUUCCACAAAGGGGGAUUAGACAAGGAGAUCCCUUAUCUCCCUAUCUUUUUCUCAUAUGUGCAAGGGGUUUCUCUACGUUACUUAAACAAGCAGAGCUUUCUGGUGACAUAAAAGGGAUUGAAGUUGCAAGGGGGGCCCCUCCAAUUUCUCAUUUGUUUUUUGCAUAUGACAGUUUACUCUUUCUUGAAGCAACACCGCAGGCCUGUAGAAACCUAAAGAGGGUGUUUGAGAUUUAUGAGAUGGCAGCAGGGCAAAAAAUAAAUUUGGAUAAGUCUGCGAUUGCUUUCAGUCCAAGCACUCCCAUGCAAUUAAGGAAUGAGAAUUCUGAGUGUAGCAAAGGUAUUAGUUGGGCAAAAAAGUGGAUGCAUUUGUGUUUUGCAAAGGAUGAAGGUGGAAUGGGGUUUAGAGAUUUGGAGGCUUUCAACAAAGCGCUUGUGGCUAAGCAAUCUGGUAAAGGAAGAGCUUCUUCUUAUAUUUGGAGGUCUUUGAUUUCGGGUUGUGAGUUGCUCUUCAGUGGGUUAAGGAAGAGGAUUGGAGACGGUAAAGAAACACUAGUCUAUGGUGAUCCUUGGAUUCCUAGACCAAACUCCUUCCGUCCUAUUUCCCCUCAAGUGUUGGAUCAAGAAACUAAAGCUGGAGAUGUCAAAGAAAAAGGAUUGCAGUGGGGCUGGUGGAUCUUCUUCAGAACCAAGAGUACGAAAUGCUUUCUGGAGAAAAGUUUGGUCCCAAGAGCUGUUAUGGAAGGACGUUCUUGUGCACAAGAUGUGAUCUUUAACAUAGCCCAUUAUUUGGCUGGUGAAUAUGGAAGAAGUCUUGUGGAAGGGGAACCUAAAUUAAUUAUAGAGAAACAAACCAAAUGGUCUCCUCCUCCAGUUGGUAAAUAUAAACUGAAUGUUGAUGCUGCUUUUAUUCCCGAAACAGAUGUGGGUGGAAUUGGUGCUGUUGUUAGAAAUGACAAAGGGGAAGUGAUGGCAGCUAUGGCCCUUCCUCUUGCCAAUGCCACCUCAUCUAAACAUGCAGAGAUCAUGGCGCUUCUUUUCGGGAUGAAAUUUGCCUGA